AUGCCGUUUACAUCCGCCUUGGCUUCCAAUGCCAGUAGAUCAUAUCAAAUCGCAUACACCGUGUUGAUUGGCAUCGAUCUCGUCUUCGUUCUGCCAUUUACGGCUCUUGCUUUUAUAAAAUGCAAAUAUUGGAGAGAUCCGUCCCGAGAGUUUGUCAACUGGCUCAAGGCGGCAUUGGUACUAUUCGCCAUGUUAGUAGCAUUUUCUCAAUUCUUACGGCGUGCCUCUGUCAUAAUCGAAUUUUUACUGACUUCACCACGGAUCAGAACUUUAUCCUUGCUUUUCUCACAAAACACCCUGAAAACAUACGAGAUUUACUCUGAUGUACAUCAUUGGCAUAUUGUUUGUGCCCAAUACCACGUGGGAUACCUUGCCGAUUUCUCUAGAACCACAUCUGCGGCUGCCGUGAUGGUCCUGCUCCUGACCCUAGGACCUGGAAUCCAUCGCGCCAUCUCGGGCGUGACAAGUACCUUUGACAGGAUCUUACGAUAUGUGACGUAUGCUCUGGCGGCUGUUGUUAUCAUGCUCGCUUUUGUGUAUUACGGCUUGUCGGUCGAUUUCCAAGAGAAUUACACCAAUAAUAUCGGAUAUGUCACAAACCGCCCUGGCGGAGCUGAGCGUGUCGACACAAUCAAUCAACUAAUGGCUACAACAUCCAUCAUUCUCUGGGCGGCCUCACUCGUUAUUACAGGUUUGUCGAUAUAUACUUUCAUACAGAGGAAGAAUUCAUCUCUCAAAAAUGUAUCCAUUCUAUACCUGGCCGCCAGUCUGUUGAAUAUCAUAAGCUCGACUUGGAAUUUUACUUAUGCCAUCGAGUGGCUAUUGCAGUGGGAUGUGCGUUCUGGUCAAGAGCCAUACGUGAUGCUGUUGUCUAUCAUUCUGGGUUGGUGGACUCGCGGUAUCUUGCUGAUUCUCAGCUAUUUUGUCGCCAAUAAACGUGUAGAAAGUGGUGGUAUAUGGUCAUCGACGAAGAGCUUCAGAAGCGUAUAG